UGGCAGUGGGCGUUCCGGAGCUGAUCCAAAUCGGAAUAAACAAAACAAACAAAGUUGAACAGAUCGCACAAAUGCUGUAGGUCUCAAAUUACCUCAUUUUACUUUCAUUGUCUCAGAAAAAAUGCUGUUGUCAACCGGAUUCCUGACACGGCAACUCGCCAGUGGCUGCCGAAGAGGCUUUUGGUCAUCUGCGAAUCUCUUUUCCACCAACAAAAAUGCCUCAAACAGCAGCGGCAUCAGCAGUUCUUGGAAAGUCGUUGAGAAAGUCACCGAACGCAAGGUGCCUCCCUUGUCCAACGUGACCAUCAACUCGACCGACUGUCCGGUGCUGGUGUGUCCAGCAGACCUUCAGCAGUACCCUGACAGUGACCGUCUGCUUGUCUAUCUGCUGAAAAAUGAGGAAGAGGACGGAACUGUUCUGCAACUUGUCCAAGCAACUCCCAACACUUUCAACAUAGACGUCCACGGAGGCACUGACGACAAAGCUCUUGAAGUGCAUGUCCCUGUGCAGAGCAACAUAAAUGCAUUUUGCAAUGGCUUCGGAGAUGUGUCCGUAAGUGAAAUCCACUCUGAUCGUCUGGCCGUAGUCACAACAACGGGAGACAUUCGCACUAAAAAUAUUCGAUGCUCCGAAAUCGUUCUCGCAACUCAAGGAGGCUCAGUUUUGAGCAAAGGAGUGCUUCAGGGAAAAAUAAACAUCAAAACUUUAGCCAAAGGGUCUGUUGAAUGUCAAAAACUUCAAGGCCCGUCAGCAACUGUCGAAAGUGACAACGGACAAAUCAACAUUGCCUCCGACUACUGUGACAAAUCCUCAGUAGCCACACACUCAGGAAAUAUCAAAUUUGGAAGUCUGCACAGAAAGUGCAAGGUGGAAAUUAGAGGAAAAGGAAAUCUUGUCGCAGCUGGCCUAGAUGGGCGAUUGCAAGCUGUCAUAAAUCAGGGAAAUGCCGACGUGCAGAUCAGCAAUCUUGUCGGUCACUCCAACAUCGAAGUAGCCCAAGGUGAUGUCCGAGUGCAGCUCGGGGAAACGGACAAAAAUUUUGUGCAUCUCAGUGCUGACCAAGUUGACGUUCCUGGUGACUUUGGUGCAAAAACUUUCAGUGAAAAUGGCAAAGUCGUUGCUCAGUUUGGCAGAGAAGAAAAAGACCAAGGUGAUCUCAAGGUCAGCGUAUCUAGUGGAAAAAUCUCGGUUGAGCGUUCGUCGUGGAUUGCUAGUUUGAAUCUGAAGAAAAACUUGACUGCUUAAUUAGUCCUAAAUUCAAUAUUUUAUUCAAAAUUAUUGUUCGUUUAAAAAGUUUUAAACGGCUGUAUACAUGGUGUAAGGACUAUAAGUGUCCCGAUUAAUAAAUGUUAAAAAUAUCACCUGACGAAUGUUUUAGA